AGUAAUGCUUUUUCAACAACUAAGGGAGAAGAUCCCAAUUAGUAUAGACUGGCACUGAGAAUGAUAGCAGAAAAGUUUUAAGAACUGUUAUCAUUAGUUUCGAUUAAUAUCCAGUGCGAGAAUACGUUGUUCAGAGAUGCUAUAUCCGCAAAAAUAAAAUUAGAAGUCACUCUUUCUUUUUUAACUACAGGACAUAGUACAGAAGCCUCAGUCAUAUGUUUGUUAAAUCCUUUUUCUUUGCCAAAAAUAGUCCGCUAAAACAACCAACACGUGUAUACUUUUGUCAGCACAGGCACUGGAUUGGCCAGACUGGAAUGCUUACUGGAUUCAGUUCAUUCCAGUGCCAGUUUACAUUUUUCCAGUAAGCCAUCCAGUACUGGAAUAAUGUAAACCGGCCAUUAGAAUUUGGAGGCUGAACAUAGAAAACAAUGAUGAUGAAAAAAUACUUACAAUUUAAUUAAAUUUUUACUGUUACAUUUACAAUUUAAAUUUAUUAAAACUUGAAGUUUUAAAUUUAGGCAAGCAAGCAAGGCUUUCCCUCUUUGGCUUGGAGAUACUCUAUAUUUUAUUGUAAAAGGAAUUACAAAAACAUAAUUUCCAUAACUACAACUUUAUCUCAAUAUAACAAACCAUAUACAUGAUGGAGUUUAUGGAAGAAGCACUUGAUCUAGCUAAAGAAGCUUUACGGGCCAAUGAAGUUCCAGUUGGAUGUGUUUUUGUAAAAAGUGGAAUAAAAGUGGCAAAAUCCAGAAACAAAGUUAAUGAAACUCAUAACCCUACUAGGCAUGCUGAAAUAAAUUGUAUAGAUGAAGUCUUAAACUAUUGUCAAAGACAUAACUAUGACCAUGUGGAUUUUUUUAAAGACAUUAUUGUUUAUGUAACUGUGGAACCAUGUAUUAUGUGUGCAGCAGCUUUAAAGAAGUUAGAUGUGAAAGAAGUUGUUUUUGGUUGUCCAAAUGACAGAUUUGGAGGGAGUACAGUCUUAGAUGUAAACAAAAUUUAUGCAGAAGGAUUUCAAUUAACUGGUAACAUCUUGCCAAUGGAAGCUAUGGAAUUAUUAAAACAAUUUUACAAAGGCACAAACCCAAAUGCACCAGACUCAAAAGUAAAAAAGAAAUCUAAAACAUCCAUUGAUAAAAAUUAAUGAAACAAAAUAUUUUAUAUAUUACUAUGUCAUGUAUUUCUAAAUUUACAUAUGUAACUUACCUAAAUUCUAACACAAUAU